CGGCCAUAUUGGUGUAAGGUGGAGCUGUAGAAAGCGGAUGUGUGUUUAGUAUUUAACACUGCUUUGGUUUAAUGUUUGUAAUAUCAAAUUUAUCGUAUGUAUGUAAUGAUAGAAGAUGUGAGAACCUGGACGUGUGAGGAAGUUCCUUCAUUAUAAUAUAAAGAGUAUUAAAGUACGAGUCAGAAUUGGCCUAGAUAGUGGGUGAGGUGGGAUUAGCAAUAUGCCGUUCCCGCCCCCUCCACCUCCACCUGGGCCACCAGCACCAACAUUUGGGAGUGGUGUUCCCCAAACAGCGCAUUCAAAUGGAGAAAGUAGAAAUCUUUUGCUGCAGUCUAUUCGCCAAGGAACAACACUGAAGAGAGCUGUCACAAAUGAUCGUAGUUCACCUUUAAUAGGAAAAGUAAGCAAUAUGUCUAACAGUAAUAAUAACAACACCAAUGUGAGUGUUCCAAGAAACAAUAACAAUCAUGGAAGUACCUCAGACUUGUCAAGAAAUGGGCUUGGAGGACUUUUUGCAGGAGGAAUGCCUAAACUGAAGCCUACUGGACGAGGAUAUAGUGCCAGUACUACAUCUCAGACAACGUCUGGAUGCUCCGGACCAGAGGGUACUCUAAACUCAAAACCAAAUCUUCCGUCAUCCCAGAAUGGAUUAAGAAGUAGAGUGCACAUACCCUCUGCUAGUUCUGGACGUGGUCAGCAUGGGGGUGCUCCAAAAAAUCAUAAAUCUGUCCUGAAUAGACCUGGAUUUAAGUUCAAUGAAACACCUGGACCAGAGAGCCAAGAUGUGGUCCGCAGGCCAUUUCCAGGAGAUAUAAAGAACAGAGGGCCUCCUCCACAACCUCCUCCAGCUACUCAGAAACCAUCUAUGCCUACAAGUGCAUCGGAUUCAGUACUGACAGGCAGUGGCUCAGUUGGCCAAACUGGAAGUAGUAGUAGCAUCAAUAACCUUGAUCAUGUGAAUAAUCGAAGCUUCCUACAUAGUGGUGGUCCUCCUUCACUUCCUAGCAAACCACCUGUAGGAGGUUAUGGCAAGCCAAACUUGGCACCCAAGCCUCCUGGCAUUGCACCAAAUGCUGCCAACAUCACUAGUAAACCGUCACCACCACCUAAGAAACAAGUCACAAAUGGUACAGUGGGAAACACAAACCGACCUCCUGUGACUCGAGCACAGAGUAUGCGUGUGCCACGGUCACCACCAGUUGCUCCACCUCAAGGUCUUCCUUUUCCACCAUCAACUAAAUAUCUCGGGAAUUACCGUGGAGGCAGCUCAGGUUUACCAUCAUUCCAUCAAUCCCAAGACUCAUUACAUCAGUAUCGUUCUAAUCCUCCACCACCUCCAAGAACUGCCACAUUACCCUCAAACUUAAAUCAUCAUGGAAUAAAGUCAGCUGCACCGCAACCUCCCACUUCAACACCUCUGCCCUCCACUCCAUGUUCAGGCCCUGUUAGAUCUGGAAUGGCAUCUCCCCUGAGACCACCUGUGGCCCGACCACCGCCUCCACCUUUGCGGACAUUAGGUGGAGGAGUUAACCCUCCACAGUGUCCACCACCACCACCUCCAACAUCUGCACCACCACCUCCCCCACACAGGACUUCCCCUGCACCCCCAUCAUCCUCACUGCAGACAAGACUGGCUCCAGCAGUGCCAAGUUCUGCUCCCCCUCCACCACCCGUUCGAAACACUUCAAUACGAAAUGGAUCAUCAAUGUGUAGUGAACUAGAGGCCAGGUUUUCUGAGUAUUUUCAUUCAGUGCAUGAAUUUCCAACGCCACAACCCUUCCAAAGAGUGUGUAAAAUUUACAACAGUAGAAAUGUAAAACAGCUGGUAACUUCUGCUGCGAAGCAGCAGGCCCCACAACCACCUAUGCACAUCCAGUUGAGCAGCAAGAUGUACAGCAGCGAUACAUCCAAUUGCUAGCAGCCUGAGGUACUUGGGAUGUUUGAUGUUUAACCCUACAAGUGCCAGUUUUAAUCCCUACAGAGCCAAGCCAUAACACUGCAAAGUCAAAUCCAACAAAGAUGCAGACCACUGAUACAGUUUUCAACACACAGUCUUAUCGUAUACCACUCUGAAGAGAAUUAAUUGUGUGAUAUUUUAAUAUUUAAAUUUUAAUGAUGGACAACCAUGCAAGUGAUCCCAGUUACAUACAAUACAAGUAAUUAUUUUCUAAAAUUGUUGGAAGGGUUUUGGACACCCUUUACUAAAAUAACCCCAAGCUGUAUAUGACCCAAAAUUAAAAAUGCACAAAAUGGUGCUUAUUAUAUUAGCAGCUUCUGUUCAAAAAUUUGUUUUAGAAUCUUUAUUAACAAUGAUACUGCAAUUCUUUCAUUCUUGCUUGCUGUGAUGUAACCGUUCUGAACCUUUGGUCCUCAUGUCACUGCUUCCAGAUGCUGAAUCAGUGUUCCCAUCGUCAGAAAUAUACUCACAUUAUAACUGACACUAUUUUCUGUUUCUCCAUGUUCAGUGUCAGUAGGCUGACUGCCUUCUUCCACAUAAUUCAGUUUUAUCACUAUCAUUUGUGUUCUGAGAGUCUAAUUUUGCUGGUAAGUAAUGUGUACUGUAUAAGAACUCAGAGAGAACUUGAAAUGUAUGGAUUCGGUUACUUCUAGAUAUUUCUUAAUUAUGUAAUUCAAAUAAAAUGUAUCUAAAUAUCACAUGCAGUCAAAUAUGGCAGUUUUUGAAAGCAUCAAAAUAUUAAACUGGGGCACCACAGACAACUUCACCAGGUUGAAAUUUUUUACACUUAACACUUGUAGGGUUAAUAGAUGUGGUGCUAUAAUAUAGAGACUAGGGAACUGCAGGUAAAUAAAUUAAGCUUCGCAGAUAUGCUAAUUGUAACUGUAGAUGGGGUGAAAUGUAUUAUUUAUUCUGAAGUCUAGUAAUUUUUUCAGGGUUGCAGAAAUAACUAGGACUGUCAGCCAACAUUUUUAAUUAGUUAACUGUAUAUAAUGUAUUAAUCAACCAGUUAAUGAGUUACUUGGCUAUUAGAAAUGUAGUGGGUCAAAACAACUGAUUUAUUAAUUGGUGAAUAAUAAUGACAUGGAAAAUGAUACUGAGAACAUUACUUAAGGUAUUUUACAGUUGGGUGGUGCAGAGACCUAUGGGCAAGGCUUUGAUGAGCACACCAAUAUUUUAAGUGACAUUUUCCACUUCAAAGCUUGGAAAUUAAUGAUAUUAGAUAAAAUGUCUUGAUUAUUCAACAGUAAAAUAAUUAGGUUGGUUAAUCAAUUAACUAUGACAGCUCUAUUAAUAUAAUUACUUUUAGUUUUGAAUGGUCAAAUUUGAAGUAUUAUGAACAAUGGAAGGGCACUCUUAAGCUUAAAGUGUUCAUUAAAAUUUCACGAUCUCUGUAAACAUUUGUAACUGGGCAUGAAGUGAUGUUAAAGAAGUAACAUUUAUUUUCAUAUUGAAUUCGGCUUCCAGAAUGAAGAAUCUUCAGAAGGAAGGAAUACAGUUUCUGCAGAAACCCCAAAGAAUACACAGUACAUUACAAGGCAGUGUUGGUAUUCCUGAAUGCCGUGUGCAUGCCUUUGUAAAAAGAAAGAGGAUGUUGUUCACUAAUCCAAACACAGUGUUUGUUUGCAAGUAAAGGCUGCAUGUUACAAUUGCCAUUGUUUUAUAUACUGAUACCAGAUCUUAAUUUUGAGGAAGUGUUCCAGUGUCUUGAUUAGGCAGGAAGGAAUUACAAAGUAAAAGAUA